CUGCCUCGUUCCUUCGCCCUCCCCGGCCUCUGCCGUCGGGUUGAGUGUGGGGCUGAUAAUCCUGGGGCUGGUAAUUAAGGCACGGAACUGUAGAAGUGCCCCUUGCUGUGAGUUAAGCAGCCUAUAAGGAAUGGAGGAGGCCCUUUUAGCAGGGAGCUUUUCCUCAAUUUGUAGUCUACAUAAUAUUAGAAAGUCCUGGGAAACGUGUUUCUGUAGAGUCAGUAACUGUGAGCAGAGUAUCUGAAAGCUUUCCAGGGUGAAGUCCCGAGCUCUUAACUGCUCUGCUGUGCUGUGCUCCCUCCUGGCACCUCUCCCAACUACGUUUGCACCUGCUUCUAGUGCUGAUUUAUUAGUCAAGGCUGCCCUGUGUGUUCCAGCAACCUCUCGCAUUAGUGAGGAAAAUGGAGACUGCGAUGCUGAACUUGCGGAAUCUGUAUGAUCAACUUACGCGCCAGGCUGAAGCUUUAAGUGAAGGAAAUGAAUGCAAGUUUAUUCAGUUAGCAAAGAACUUUGAAGAGUAUCGGAGAAAAAUGCAGAAAACGGAGCAUGAGCUUGGCAGGUACAAAGAUCUUCUCAUGAAAACUGAAGCUGAACGUAGUGCUCUGGAUGUGAAGCUGAAACACGCUCGCAAUCAAGUGGAUGUGGAGAUCAAACGAAGGCAAAAAGCUGAAACAGACUGCGAAAAGCUGGAGCGGCAAUUGCAACUGAUUCGGGAGCUGCUCAUGUGUGAUGCCUCUGGGAGCAUUCAGCUGAGUGAAGAACAGAAGUCUGCCCUGGCCUUUCUUAACAGGCCACAGGCUUCUCUCGGGGGUUCAGACAACAAAAGGCUGUCUACAAUAGAUGAAUCUGCCUCGAUUCUGUCAGACAUCAGCUUUGACAAGACUGAUGAGUCACUGGACUGGGAUUCCUCUGUGGUGAAAACUGUCAGACUGAAAAAGAGAGAGAAGCGGCGGUCUUCCAGGCAGUUCAUUGAAGGCCCCCCAGGUCAGAAGAAAACCAGAUCAAUUGGCUCCACAGCGGACCAGGGGAAUGAAUCCAUAGUAGCAAAGACAACUGUCAUGGUCCCCAGUGAUGGUGGCCCAAUUGAAGCCAUCUCUACUAUCCAGACCGUGCCUUACGGUCUGAAGAGACGGAGAAACAGUGGUCCUUUGCAGCCCUGGAGCAGCGAGUCCAGCCUAGGCAAUAAGCAGCCAGAAUCCAAAUCGGAGACUGAUGGCUCUAGCACCCCGCAGAGCAAUGGGGGAGUGAGACUGCAUGAUUUUGUUUCAAAGACGGUUAUCAAGCCAGAAUCAUGCGUUCCAUGUGGAAAGAGAGUAAAAUUUGGAAAAAUCUCUCUGAGGUGCAGAGACUGCCGUGUGGUCACUCAUCCGGAGUGUCGGGAGCGCUGUCCCCUUCCCUGCAUCCCCACCCUGGCGGGCACUCCUGUCAAAAUUGGGGAGGGGACCCUGAUGGACUUUGUCCCUUCCACUCCUCCAAUGAUCCCUUCCAUCAUAGUGCACUGUGUUAAUGAGAUCGAGCAACGAGGGCUGCAUGAGACGGGCCUUUACCGGAUAUCUGGCUGUGACAAGACAGUGAGGGAACUGAAAGAGAAGUAUCUUAGAGCAAAAAAUAUCCCUUUGCUCAGUAAAGUGGAUGAUAUCCAUGCCAUCUGUGGCCUUCUCAAGGACUUUCUACGCAGCCUGAAAGAACCCCUUCUCACUUUCCGGUUAAACAAGACUUUUAUGGAAGCUGCAGAAAUCUUGGAUGAAGACAACAGCAUUGCUGCUAUGUACCAAGCAGUUGGUGAACUUCCUCAGGCCAACAGGGACACUCUGGCUUUCCUUAUGAUGCACCUGCAGAGGGUAGCUCAAAGCCCAGAGACUAAAAUGGAUAUUGCCAACUUGGCCAAAGUCUUUGGCCCCACAAUAGUUGCCCAUGCGGUACCUGAUCCUGACCCUAUGACACUCCUGCAAGAUACUAAGCGGCAACCCAAGGUAGUGGAGCGACUUCUGCUGCUGCCUAUGGAUUACUGGAGCCAGCUGAUGGUGGUGGAGCAAGAAAACAUUGACCCAGCGCAUGUAAUUGAGAACACCAAUGCCUACUCCUCUCCACAGACACCAGAUGUUAAAGUGAGCAUGCUGGGACCCCUCACCACUCCAGAGCGGCAGCUCUUCAAGACACCAUCGUCCAGCUCCCUGUCCCAGCGAGUCCGCUCCACCUUCAGCAAAAGCACCCCCAGAUUUGGGAGCAAAAGCAAGUCAGCGGUCCAGCUUGGGCAUCAGGGCAACUUCUUUCCCUCUCCUCUGCUGAAGUGAAGUGGACCUGGGAGUCAGUGUUGUCCUGGCAUUUGCACACCAAUAUGCAUGAGUACAGUAAACGCGAGUCCUCCGCAGCCCUUGGCAGCUUCUGUAAUAAGAUCUUUUCCUCUUAUCUUUCAGCUUAGCUGACACUUUUAAUGGGAUUUUAUUGUGCAAUGUGUUUUUAUUAUCUAAUGUUCUGAAUUUAGUAUUGGUGAAGGAGGUAACUAGCAGGAUUUGUUCAAAGUGUUAAUAAAAAAAAUCUGCUAGAGGAACUCACUGACAAUUUUCAGCAGCAUCCAGUCUCCUACCCAUGUGAAGUGGAACAGUCAUACAAGGG